GAGAGAGAUCCGAUCCCACACAAGGCUUGAGCGCAGAAGGAAAAAACAAGAGUAUUUGCAGGAUAUUGUCAGGAUGUGUAGCGGAGCGCACCAGAGACGGAGGAGAGCAGCAUGAGUGUGAACAGCAGCGGAGGAACACACUACUGAGCAUCAUGGGGACGCGUCUCUGGAUCCUGAUGCUCGUGGUCCACCAGGUCUCUCCGUACAGACGUCCAGCACAGCCUUUAACCUGUCACGUGGUCCAGGAGGAUGUCGACUGCAGCGGUCUGAACCUCAGACGGAUCCCGGUGCGACUGCCGUCCUCUAUCCACCUCCUCGAUCUGUCUCGAAACCUCCUGCAGAACCUCACGGACCGGGAUCUUCCCGAUCUCUCCACCGUCCAGCAUCUGAACCUCCACGCCAACAAGAUCCAGUUCAUCCAGCCGGGGCUGUUCCAAGACACCAGUCGUCUGGAGGUGCUGGAUCUAUCGGGAAACUCCCUGGACCUGUACGCGGCUCUGAAAACACACGUCGGGCCGCUCAGAUCAGUCCGGCAUCUGGAUCUGUCCGGAAACGGUCUGUUCACGGAUAUGAGCGACUACUUCCUGAGCGACGCCCCGGUCCUCACCAACCUCUCUUUAGACGGGAACAGCAUUACUAAAAUCAGCAGGCACACAUUCAACGGAUCUCAGGCUUUAAGAAACAUCGACCUGCACAAUAACGUCAUCAUAGAAAUCGAGGAAGGUGCUUUCGAGUCGCUGACGGGGCUCUCAGAGCUCGAUCUGUCGGUGAACUCCAUCUCGUGCAUCACAGACUUCAACCUCGUUCAGCUCAAAACUCUCAACUUGAGCAAAAACAGCCUGAACAGCUUUCAGACCGUUGAUUCGGAUCUAGAGUUCGAGCUUCAGUAUCUGGACCUGAGGGAAAAUAAAAUCCUGUAUUUCCCCGUGCUUCCCGAGAGGAACAAACUCGUGUACCUGGACCUGUCCAGAAACCUCUUGAGAAGCGUGAACUGCUCCGGUCCGCUAGAAGAGCUGGAGAACCUGAAGGCCAGCGGGUAUCUGUCCACCGAUCACGAUAAACCCCUUUGCCUUUGUGUUAAUCAGAGGCACCAGGCUUUCCCCAAGUUGCUUUACUUGGACUUGAGCUACAACCAGUUCAAAUCGAUUCCGUCCUCGUUCUUCAGCAGCGUGGCUUCUCUAGAGAGCCUGAACAUCAGCAAUAACUGUUUGGAGAGCUUCAGUGUGGAUUUAGAAGGUCAUCUGAACUCGCUGAAAACCUUGGACAUCAGCUACAACAACCUGCAGAACUUGUCCUUCGGGGAAAACACUCUGGCUGCGUUGGAAGUCUUGCACCUUCAGGGAAACGCUCUGAGCACACUAGACCCCGGGAUCUUCUCAAGGCUUCCCAACAUACAGAGUCUUCACCUUCAGCAAAACCUGUUCAGCAUCUGUCCUUCUCUCAAGGGUCCCAUGCACGACUGCAUCCGACUGUCCUCUAUCCCGACCCUGAGCUACCUGUACCUCUCGGAGAACAGUCUCGAAUCGGUUCCACCAGGAGCGUUUCACGGAAGCCCGCUGCUUAUUCUGGAUCUGUCCCUGAAUCCCGGUGUGGAUGUCGGCACGUCGUCUCUCUCAGGUUUGGAGACGACCCUCACCCAUCUUUCUCUGAGAGGAAACCAGCUCCGAAACCUCGCCGUCGACUUCACCUUCUUUCAGAAACUCAAGUGUUUGGAUCUGUCGGUGAACCGGCUCACGGGGGUCUCUCUGUGGAGCGGAGACUCUUCGGUGGAGUCCUUGAACCUGCAGAAUAACAGUUUGGUAACACUCACAUCCGACACGGUCUUCGCUCUGCAGGAAUCGCUCAGAACGUUAUACGUAGGCUCGAACCCGUUGAGCUGCUGUGGAAACCCGUAUCUCCUCACGAUGCUCCAGCAGGACAGACUGAACGUGCCGGACAUCGCCGUCGUGACCUGCUGGUACACCAGAGACUCGGAGAGCGUGGAGAUCAGCGUGAGCGCCGUGGAGCCGGAGCACUGCGAGUCUGUGGACAGGAAGGUGUUGUGGAUCAGCGUGAUCGUGGUGCUCGCGCUCGGACUGAUGCUGGUGUCGGUGGUCGCCUUGAAACUCUGUCGCUUGAAAAAACACAGGUUCAAAAGAGGCAUCAGGUUCAAAAGAGGCAUCAAUGCUUGAAUCAAAAGAAGGAAA